AUGCAUAGCGGUAGGCAGGGUCUGCCCAAAGCCAGCUUCCUGGUGCUGGUCCUCAGCCUCACCAUAUGGAAUAGAGACCAUGCCCCUGAGGAGGAGGUCUGGGGAACACUCAGCAGGAUGUGGUUGUGUGCUGAGGGUGAGCACUGCGUCUUUGGGGAGUCCAGGGAGCUGCUGCCCCACAUGUGCCUGCGGGAGGGGAACCUGGAGUACCAGCAGUUGCCUGACAGCCACCUUGCAUGCUAUGAGUUCCUGUGGGGUCCCCAGGCAUAUGCAGAGACCAGCAAGUCAGGGGUGGUGACCAGGAGGAGCUACCACACGCCCCAGGGCAGGGGCAGGGCUGAGAGGAGCAAUCCCACGGCUGAAGUCGGGGCGUCGGCCGAGAGGAGCAACCCCACGUCCAAGGAGCGACGGCUGUGCUGGCGCAGCAGGGCUGAGAGGAGCUAUUCUUUGUUCAAGGUCAGGAGGGGUGGCCGUGAGGAGAUACCCCUCAUCCAAGGUAAGGAGCAGCGGCUGCGCUUUCCUGGAGCAGCCAUGAAGAGAUACCCCACGUCCAAGAGCACAGAUGAUCUCAUGGAGGCCAGGGCGGCAGCUCACCUGCAGCAGCAUCUCCUCCCCACUCCCUCUCCUGACCAGCCCUGGGCAGGUCUGAGGGAUGCCAUCAUGCAGCCUCAUCACGAUGACCUCCCACAGAAGGAACCCAGCUUCCCAAAGCCCCAGAACACUCUGGCUCAGACACUGACAUUCCGGGGCUCCUCCUGGAGCCUCACCGCCCUGGCCCAUGCUGCCUUGUUUAGUGUGACUAGGGGACUUCUCUCCACCUUCUUUGUGUGA